AUGAAUUCUGAGAUAAAGACUAUUUACAAUGCUCUUCCAAAUCUACCUGGCUUCAACUUUUCAGAGCUUCAUGAACCUGCUAGCCACGGCCUCCACCACCAUUGUAUACUAUCGAAGGAAGGUACCCGUGUGGUCCUCAACAAAAAUAAUUCUGCAGUCUCUCAUGAGCCUCUCAGUGGUUGUGGGAUCCCCGUUCGUACUAUCCUAGACAAAUUUCCCAUGUGGAAGACACUUGAUGAUAAAGUCAUUCGAUUUUUUGGUUAUUAUAUCGAUGAGAUCAGCAACAGCUCACUGGAGAGUGGAGUGUGCGUUCGUAAGGUUAAACUUCACUAUUAUUUAGCGGACGGCACGCUUGCGAUCAUCGAAACUCCGUCUAGCAUCAACAGUGGACUGCGCAAAGGUACAACCGCAUCACGCUUUAAGCCUGAAAACGUAGAUGUGUUCAGUUUUUGUAUUGACGGCUCCAUCACGACCCGCGGUAUCACUUAUAAACUUGUUGACUGUGAUGCAGCGACCAGAGAGUUUUACGACGUCAUGGGGAUGCCGCAACCAGAGCAGCCUCUAGGCUAUCCAUUUGAUAGCUUUGAAGCACCAAAAUACCUCCCGAGCGCUACCGUCAAUGAGGAGAAUAUUGCGAUGCGCAGAGUUUUCGAGGCCCAGGCGGCUAUCAUCACCGGCACACAUCCCAGCCUCCUGUCUAAGGAAGAACGUGAAAGGGCCCACAGCUACUACGCGAACGACGGGAAGGUUCUGCGGUAUUUCGCGGUCUGGGAAAAGCGUCUAUUCCGAAUUCAUUAUUAUCUCGCUGAUGGCUCAAUUUCGGUCAUGUUUGAUACUAUUGAUAAUGAUGGACGGGAUCGAAAUCGUGUCUUUAUUCGCCGCACUUGUAUCCCAAAGAACUUCAAAACGGUGCUACUGCAAACCGAAACCCUGAACCGGCCUCGAGGUGUGGAAACCUCCAAAUACAUCAGCGCUGAAGACCUUCGCACGGGAACAACGGUAGACCUCUUCACACGACAGUUUUUUAUUUUCGACUGUGAUUCAUACACGCGAAACUACAUGAAGAAACACUAUGAAAUGGAGUUGCCUGUCCACGAAUGCCCCCCAACGGAAAUGGGCGAUAUACUGUUAAAAAAAGAAAAAACUGGCUCUCCUAGUAGGUCCUCUAACUGGUACGAUGCAACGAAGGCCCUGGAGCCCAAUCAAAGCUUCGGUGCGUCGGCGAUGAUGUUUGGAGACAGUCAAAGGGAAAUGAACACUCUGAAGCUAACCCGGCUUGCUCAUGAUGUCUUCCGCUUUUUGGCGCGCAUCGUCAACCCCCACCCGUCAGACAAGGAUCGUAAAUUCAUCAUUAGCUACUACCUCGCGGACGACACCGUGUCGGUGUUCGAGUUGGUGAUUCGGAACUCCGGCCACGUGGGCGGGAAAAUCUUCGCUCGCCGCGGCGUAGAAGGGGUGGAGAACCCUAGAAAACUUCAGGUGGGCCACACCAUCCGCUUGGAUGGCGUUGAAUACCUGCUGGAGGAGAUGGACCAGCGUACGCAAAACUACAUCGAGGCCGGGAUGUUGGACCGCAUGGACGAUGCCUACUAUCAGAUGGACGAAAUCAUCGCGACGAUGCGGCAACACGUCUUGCAGCAGUUUUCGAGCACCACGGAGGCGUAUCGCCACUAUGCGUCUUCUCGAAUCAAUGGCCUGACGGCUGAAAACGUGAAGGAGAUCUUCAGCGAUAGUGAUGUCCGCCUAGACGACGCGCUACUGGAGAAAGUUAUGGACCGAGUGGACUCCGACCAUGACGGGUGGAUCUCGCUCGCCGACUUUACGGAGCAUCUGCUGGGUCAGAAGUUGAUAUCCGAUUUCCAGCCAGGGCACACUUUUGCGGCCCGGGUUGAAGAGGGUCUCGAUACUCAACUCAAUAUCCCGAUCCUAAGAGGUCCGAUUCAGAGCGCCACGUCGAUAGCACAGCUCGCCAACACAAACGCGGCAGCGGCCGCCGCGUUUCGCAAGUUUAUUGCUGUAAUGGAAGCGCGGCGCACAUUGUUAAUACGUACGUUCAGAAACGUUGCAACUGGUACAUACGAUGGGAAUUUGGGGAUGGACGACGUCAAAGACUGCUUGACAACUCGUCUGAAAGUUCCCCUUUCUGAUGAAGAGCUAAAUGCACUACUCUACAAAUUUUUUUACAUCCCAACCAUACCCAAUUGGACGGCGCGGCGGCUUACCGUCAACGAAGUUCAGCAGCUUAUCCGCCUUUAA